CCUGAUUGACAUCCUUCCGGCCAGGAAGAUGGCCGUACACAACAAAUAGUGAACUAUAUUUCAUUCGUUUUCUUCGUUUUAUAGACGUAUAGCCGAGGUAUUUCCUGGAAAAAAAUCAACCAGUAUCCAUGGAGACCCCACAGCCCGGCCCAGCAGACGGAGAGGAGCGACCAGUGGAGCUGCGGCCCAGAACACGCUCAAACCCGGAAGGUGCAGAGGACAGGCGCAGCAGCACUGGUAGCCUAGGCAACAGCAACCCCAGCACCCCGCAGCCUGCAGUGGGCAGCCGAGUGGAGGGAGAGGGGGAGGCCUCGACCAGCGACAGUCCUCCUAGCUCCACCACCACCACAAUCUCUGCCACCACAGCCCAGACCGUAGCCCCUAUAGUGGCAGCUACGGUCAAUGCCAUAGUAGGCCUGCCCACCCCCACGCCAGUGGCCAAGGACAGGCCCAAACCCACCCAGGCUCCUCCCCCUCUGGCGCCCCCCAUCCCUCCCACGGCAGAGUUCCAGCUACGAGCACCCCGCGUCAACUGUCCAGAGAAAGUGAUCAUCUGUUUGGAUCUCUCUGAAGAGAUGUCAUCACAAAAGCUGGAGUCCUUCAAUGGAUCCAAGACCAACGCUCUCAAUAUUUCCCAGAUGAUUGAGAUGUUUGUGAGAACAAAACACAAGAUUGACAAGCGCAUGAGUUUUGCCCUGGUGGUUGUUAAUGACGAUGCCUUGUGGCUGUCAGGUUUCACCUCUGACCCGGGACUGUGCAGCUGUCUCUAUGACCUGGACACCAACGUGUGUGAAACCUUCAAUCUACAGGAUCUUCUUAAUGAUCUUCCUCUCAUGGACAACAUCCAGACCAUCCCCCCUCCGUUUGUAGUCAGGACUCUCCUCAUCUACAGUAGACACGCUGGACAGCUGCAGUUCAGUCCCUCAGACGCUGUCAAUAGCAUGCUGCUGUCUCCCUACUUCUUCUUUGAUGUGGUUUACCUUCACAACGGGGCUGAGGAGCAGGGGAUGAGGCCAGCUGGAGGUGAGUGGUCGAGAAGAGGAGGGAGGGAUUCAAGGAGAACAGCGGCACAGACAUUCGUCCGAGCUCUGAAAUGUUACUAUGACAUCUACACAUCGUUCUGUAACCUGGACUCUAAAGGCACCUGUUACCACUUCGAGGUAUCUCUGUGUGGGCCGGCCAUCGAGCUCCACAACUGCAUGGCCAAGCUGCUGUCCCACCCCCUCCAGAGACCCUUCCAGAGCCAUGCGUCCUACAGCCUGCUAGAGGGAGAUGACCCCCAGGACGUAGAGGCCACCGUCUAACUGGAGGUGCCUGGUCGAGCGACGGACCCCCAGGGGAGGCCAGUGUUUAACUCGGGGGUCUUCAGAGUACCCUGGUCCUGGAGAGUUACAGGGUCUGCAGUGCAGGGAUGGAGCAAAAACCUGUUGAGUCAAGUGUGUUAGUGGCCGGCGCUGGACUAAACGUCUGCACACGCUGUAACUCUCCAGAACCAGGCUUGGAGAACACUGCUCUAACUGGACAAGGAGAUGGGUUGCUAGGAGAUGGGUUGCUAGGAGAUGGGUUGCUAGGAGAUGGGUUGCUUGGAGAUGACAAUGGGGAAAUUAGGAAGCAUGUGUGUAUGUAUUUCAUUUAGUUUUAAACCUGAUUUGGGGACAGUGUUUUCCCUACAAGUCUUAAAGAGUGAAAUCCAUGGCGGCACUUCUAUGCCUACACAAUAGAUGUCACCCAUUUCCAUGGCUGGCUUGUGGAAAACGUACAUUGAAAUAACUAAAUAUAGCUAAUAUACACGGUCAGGAGCAAGGUUGUUGUAAUGGGCUGUUUGAGAAGGGUUGUAAACUGAUUCAUUUUCUUGUUUUUACAUCCGUACACCCUCUGAUGGGUACGUUUGUCUUGUCAGUCAGCUGUUUAUAUUCCCACUUAUGUUUGUUUUGUCAAUUGUAGUUUCGUUGAUCUGUAUCUGAUGAUUAAAAGAUAAAUGUUAGGUUUAAUCUA